AUGGAAGGAGAGACGGUACCCAAGACCAGGAGAGCAGCCAGCAAAGUCACACGGAUUGCCCUUGGCGUCUUUGUGAGUGGCACCGUUGUGCUUGGCACCGUGCUUUUCUUGGUUAGCCAAGGUCUUAUAAAGUUUCAUCCAAAGCAACAGUACUGUUUGACCUCAGAAUGCAUUGAAGCUGCUGCUGCCAUCUUAAGCAAGAUAAAUCAAUCUGUAGAUCCAUGUGAGAAUUUUUAUCGAUUUGCAUGUGAUGGCUGGAUAUAUAAUCACCCUAUUCCAGAAGACAUGUCGAACUAUGGUGUUUAUCCUUGGCUGCGACACAAUGUGGACCUCAAACUAAAGGCAUUGCUUGAGAAACCCAUCAGCAAAAGACGAGACAGUGAAGCUGUACAGAAGGCCAAGAUCCUUUAUGCAUCCUGCAUGAAUGAGAAUAAAAUUGAAAAAGCUGAUGUGAAACCCCUCUUAAGUAUACUGAGGCAUUCACCUUUCCGCUGGCCUGUGCUGGAAUCCAACAUUGGGCCCGAAGGGCUGUGGUCAGAAAGGAGAUUUAGCUUAGUCCAAGCCUUGGCAACUCUUCGUGGUCAAUACAGUAACUCUGUCUUCAUCCGUUUAUAUGUGGCUGCUGAUGACAAAAUCUCCAAUCAGUAUAUCCUAAAGCUCGAUCAAGCAAGCCUCUCCCUUUCAUCUCGAGAGGAUUACCUAGAAAACACCACAGAAGCUAAAUCUUACCGAGAUGCCUUUUUGCAGUUCAUGGUUGAUACAGCAGUUCUUCUGGGUGCAAACGCUUCACGAGCUGAAUCUGAUAUGAAGUCGGUUCUAAGACUGGAAGUUAAGAUAGCUGAGAUCAUGAUUCCAUAUGAAAACCGAACAAGCGAGGUCAUGUACAAUAAAAUGAACAUAUCGGAGCUUAGUGCCAUGAUUCCACAGUUUGACUGGCUGGGAUACAUCAAGAAGGUGAUUGACAGCAAACUCUAUCCUGAGCUCAAAGAUAUAGGUCCUUCAGAAAAUGUGAUUGUCCGUGUUCCCCAGUACUUCAAAGAUUUAUUCAAGAUACUAGAAAAUGAAAGGAAAAAGACUCUUGCCAACUAUUUGGUAUGGAGGAUGGUUUAUUCAAGGUUGUUUAACCUCAGUAGACGUUUUCAGUAUCGGUGGCUGGAAUUUUCUCGGGUGAUCCAUGGAACCACAAGUUUGCUGCCUCAGUGGGAUAAAUGCAUGGACCUUGUUGAAAGCGCACUCCCUUAUGCUGUGGGCAAGAUGUUUGUGAAUGCCCAUUUUCAAGAAGACAAGAAGGAGAUGAUGGAGGAGUUGACUGAAGGAAUUCGCUGGGCUUUUAUUGACAUGUUGGAAAAGGAAAAUGACUGGAUGGAUUCUGAAACAAAAAGAAAAGCUUACGAGAAG